GGCCGCUGCUCGCCGCUGCGCCCGCCGCUCUCCCGCCUUCUUCUCGGACGCCACGCGCGGUCUCCCGUCCGACAGCGCCGUCGCCUGCCCCCGCCAUGGGUCGACAGAAGGAGCUGGUGUCCCGCUGCGGGGAGAUGCUCCACAUUCGCCGCCGGCUGCUACGCCAGGCGCUGGCUGAGUGCCUGGGAACCCUCAUCCUCGUGAUGUUUGGCUGUGGCUCUGUGGCCCAGGUCGUGCUCAGCCGGGGCACCCAUGGUGGUUUCCUCACCAUCAACCUGGCCUUCGGCUUUGCCGUCACCCUGGGCAUCCUCAUCGCCGGCCAGGUUUCUGGGGCCCACCUGAAUCCUGCCGUGACCUUCGCCAUGUGCUUCCUGGCACGCGAGCCCUGGAUCAAGCUGCCCAUCUAUACCCUGGCUCAGACGUUGGGAGCCUUCCUGGGUGCUGGGAUUGUUUUUGGGUUAUAUUAUGAUGCAAUCUUGGCCUUCGCCAACAACGAGCUAAUAGUCUCCGGCCCCAACGGCACAGCUGGCAUCUUUGCCACCUACCCUUCUGGACACUUGGACAUGAUCAAUGGCUUCUUUGACCAGUUCAUCGGCACCGCCUCCCUCAUCGUGUGUGUACUGGCCAUUGUUGACCCUUACAACAACCCCGUCCCCCGCGGCCUGGAGGCCUUCACUGUGGGCCUGGUGGUCCUGGUCAUCGGCACCUCCAUGGGCUUUAACUCCGGCUACGCCGUCAACCCCGCCCGAGACUUCGGCCCCCGCCUUUUUACCGCCAUUGCUGGCUGGGGCACCGAGGUCUUCACGACCGGCCGGCACUGGUGGUGGGUGCCCAUCGUCUCCCCGCUCCUGGGCUCCAUUGCGGGCGUCUGCGUGUACCAGCUCAUGAUCGGCUUCCACGUGGAGCAGCCCCCUCCCUCCACCGAGCAGGAGAAUGUGAAACUGGCCCACGUGAAGCACAAGGAGCAGAUCUGAGCGGGCAGGGACUGUCCCCCCACUGACCCCUCUCUUGAGCAUCCACUGACUGUGCUGGGGCAGCUCUCUAGAAGCCACCCUCGUGAUCCCCCUGCCAGGCUAAGAAGCUCCCUGCCUACUCCCAGUGGCCCCCUUUAGGAUUUUCCACUGGACCCUAAGGAAGUGGGACCUCAGGCCACUGCUCUUAGGCCUGGGGGGACAGGGAGCAGGGCCAACACUUCCCUUUGUCUCCCAAAGGGAGAGAAUGGGCGGCAGGUGUGUGUGUGUGUGUGCGUGUGUGUGCAUAGGUGUGGGCAUGUGUGUGGUUUCCCAGAUGUUCAGGGCAAGGGUUUCUGGAGGAAACCCAGAAGCAAGAGGAAGGCACUGUGUCCAUCUGUGAGUGAGGUGCCAGGAGGGGCAUGUUUCAGGAGGAGAAUCCAGAUAUAUGAGUGUACGUGUCUGUCCUUUUUUCUAAGGGGCUUCUGUUGACUUUUGGGGAGGUGGGGUGAGAAUGUGGGUAGAGUUGGGGGGAGGGUGAUCACAGCCUAGGUUUGGAGCUCUGGCCUUAUGUAAGACAGAGCCAUGUAACAUGUUUCUGGAAUGACCCAAGCAUAAGAGGGUAGGGGUAAAGUCCAGGUCAUAAGUUUCAUGUUUGCUUUUAAAAAAAAAAAAAAAAUUAUAUAUAACAGAUGUUACAUUCUUAGGGGUGGGGGUUGGGACUCCAUGCCAAACAGGGUCCUCACUCUUUUAAUCUUCUACUCAACAGGUGUGCUUUUAUGCCUUUUAUAAAAAAAACAAUAAAACAUGCCAACAACUGCCAAUUGUGCCAAUA